UGGAAUCCAUUCCGGAAAAAAUCCGUCAUCGUUCCGGGUGUUCCCGCCAUGUGCAAAUUUUGAAAAUGGCUGACAUAAGAGCAACUUUUGUUUCACAGAAAAUCAGCAAAAUAAGAUGGAAAAACAUUGUAAAAAAUAGUCUUGAGGGACCAGACACGUUUGUCACAGGAAGCUGGGAUGAUGAGGAAAAUAAAGUAUGUUUAUGGAAAGUAAAUAGAGAAAAGAAAUUUGAUGAAGGAGAUGGCAGGGGAACAGAAGGGGAUGUUGAUAACGACCCGAUUCCUAUUUGUGAGGCCUCUCAUAUAGGAGAUGUAACAGGGCUAGAGUUCAUUUCAGAAGAUCACAUUGUAUCAUCUUCAUCGUCUGGAACAGUCACAUUAUAUAAACAUCACACAAGCUCACAGACACUUGGUAACUCCCAUCAGUGGGAGAGGCUUCAUCAUCACUGUAACAAACCAUGUCCAUGUACCUGUCUGGCCGUCAGAGAAGACUGCAUUAUUACAGCUGGGGAAGAUGGCAGGAUUAAUGUACUAAAUAUAGCUCAGAAAGAUCCAAAUAGAACAAUAGGAAAAGCUGACAGCUGUACAGUGAACGGUGUAAUAUUCCUGAAACAGUUUGAAUUUCUUACUGUAAAUAGUACAGGCCAACUUAAAAUAUAUGAUUUACGGAGUAAAUCUGAUGAUCCCGCCCAAACUUUGUCUGUGACAGGAGAUUUAACACCCUUACAAUGUGUGGAUAAGCAUCCUAGUCAGUCCCAUAUAGUGGCUACCGGUGGGGAUGAUGGUACCCUAGGGAUCUGGGACUUACGGCACGAUAAAUUUCCGGUAUCACUCAUGGAGGCACACUCAAGCACUGUGUGGGAGUUAAAAUUUCACAAAACAAGUCCAGACCAUUUAUUUACAUGUUCGGAUGAUGGUAGUUUAUGGCAUUGGGAUUCCACACAAAUAAAUUCCUUUUCUAUGGCAGCAAUUAAUCAUUAUUCAGGAACAGGUGCAGGAUCUGGUGGUGGUUCUCUCCCUUCACAAACGACAGUCAAUCCAUGGUUAGAAACAGAAAUAGCUAAGAACAAAAUGGAGAUCACAUCCUUAUUAUCUGACAAAUCACUUCCUAUUAAUUCAUUAGACAUUACAGGUCAUGCUUUACUCUGUGGCAAUGACGGAGAGACAAUAUUUACAUUGAAUCUACCAGCACUCAGAUAGCAUUAGCUAGAAGUACAAGGAGGAGAGGUUAAAGGUUGUUCCAGUAUUCUGUGGAAACAAGAAUUGAUUGAUUCAGAGUCUGAGCAAACAUUGUUAGGGCUUGUUUAUAAGGGCCUUCAAUGCUUGUCAAAUUGCCAUUCUGAGUGACAAUGUUAUGUACAGUAAAUUGAACAAGAAAAGUAUUGAAAGUUAAUGAUUUAGUAAUGGCAAACCAAGUAUGCUGAAUACAAUGUUGUAAGAAUUCUGGAAAUACACAUCUAUUCCUGUAUUGAAAUCAUUGUAAAAUGUAUACUAACUUAUCAGCAUUUAAAUACCUGUGUUGAAGCUAUUGAUUUUCAUAUUAAAUUAAUGUAAAAUAGUUUACAAGAAAUCAUUUUAGUAUUGAACGAAAAGAUAUUUAUCAAUUUAAUUUACAAAUCUAUUUCAUGCUCAGAAAUAUUACUUUAAUAUACAAAUUGAUUUAAUUUUGGAAUACAUUUCAUACCCAAUAAUAUCAUUGAAGACUGAUUAUUUUUAAGGAAGUUUAGUACUAUAUAGUAUAACAGGUUACUUUUAAGUGUAGCCCAUUUUCUGUUGUUUAAUGAACUAUUUGGAGCAAUUUUGUUGUACAUACAUGUAUUUGUCAUUUGAUGGAAGUCAUUAAAUGUACAUUAUUUUACUAUGUCCUACUUUUGUAAAACAAAAUAUUUAAUGUUUAAAAUAAUACAAAAAAUAAAGAGGAGGCGAGUUUAAAAUUUUA